AUGGCGGUGAAUGAUGUUUGGGGAAUAGGGAAAGCCAUCGGGGUUAAGUUUAAGGGAGACAACGUGAAUAUGUUCAAUCUUCUCUCCCGGAUCAUUUCAUGGAAUAUUCGAGGGCUGGGGUGUUUCGAGAAGAAGAAGGAAGUUCGUAAGUUGGUGAGGGAUCUGAAACCCUUUAUUCUUUGUGAUGAUUUUCUUUGUUCGAAUCUUUGGGGUAGUUCUUCAUUCGGCUUUUCUUAUCGUCCUUCGGUUGGGGCGUCUGGAGGGCUUUUAACCUUGUGGGAUUCCACUGAGGUGAAGGUUUGGUCGACAGAGAGCCGUGAGCAUGUUUUGUGGUGUCACGGCCGAUUUUCUAAGACAGGAGAAGAGUUUUUGGUGGCAAAUGUUUAUGCUCCUUGUGAUGAUGGGGCCAAACAAAUUUUGUGGGAUUCUUUGACUGUGCGGCUUCUUUCGUUGGUGGGGAAAAUGGUAUGUGUUUGUGGGGAUUUUAACGCAGUUAAAAGUGUUGAUGAAAGACGUUCAUCUCGGGGAGGUCAGCGCUCUUUAGAUCAUGUUCCUUUUAAUCGUUUUAUUGAAGAUAACACCUUGAUUGAUCUCCCCUUGAUUGGACGUAAAUUUACUUGGUUUAAAGGGGACGGUUUUACCAUGAGUCGUUUGGACAGGCAGGUGGCUAGGGUGAGAGGGUUGUCUGACCAUUGUCCGUUGAUCCUAUCUGCUAAUGAGGAAGAUUGGGGACCCCGCCCGUCGAGGAUGCUUAAGUGUUGGAAGGAUGUUCCUGGUUAUAACUUGUUUGUGAGAGAGAAGUGGAACUCGCUUCAGGUUGAUGGUUGGGGUGGGUAUGUGCUCAAAGAGAAGUUUAAGUUGAUUAAGACAAGCUUGAAAGAGUGGCAUACGACCCAUACUCAAAAUCUUCCUAGUCGCAUCGAGACUUUGAAAGUAAAGCUAUCAGCCCUAGAUGAGAAGGGGGAGGAAAAUGAUCUUUCCGAGGAGGAGUUAGUUGAGUUUCAUGGGAUUUCGUCUGAUAUUCAUUCGUUAUCAAGGCUACACGCUAGUAUUAGUUGGCAACAAUCGCGUUCGUAG